AUGGCGGACGAAACGAAAAAGGGGCGGCCUAAUUUUACGAAAGAAGAGUCUCUGUUGCUAGCUGAGCUAGUUGCAGCCAACAGAGUGGUGCUUGAGGGCAGGUUGGGGCCUGGCAUCACCUGCAUGAAGCGACAGGAGGCGUGGCAGAGGACCAGGGAUGAGUUGGGAAAAAAUUGGAAGAACUUAAAGAGUUCAUCCAAGGAGACUUAUUCCAAGUUCAGGCAGCAAACAAUUGCCACUGGAGGCGGACCUCCAACUCCAGUCAGUCCAGUAACAGAUGCUGUUGUUGAGGCCAUUGGGAGGGACAACUUAAGUCUUACAGGUAUCUCUGACUCAUAUGAUUCCACUGCCCUUCAACUGCUUGAUGACAUCACUUCAAGAGAAAGGUACAUGCGAUAUACAUUUUAA